AUGUUCAGCAUGGGCCCCAUCGUCGGGAAACUAUAUGAUAUCUUCGGCCCCCGAUACAUCAUCCUCAUAGGCUCAUUCCCCCACGUCUUCGGCCUGAUGAUGGCCUCGUUGGCUACAGAAUACUACCAGCUCCUCCUCUCCCAAGGCGUCUGCAGCGCUAUCGGCGUCGCGGCCAGCUUCUAG